AUGAGCGGCCAGCCUGCGAAGGAGAAGCCAGAGUCUCGCCACAGACCCCUCCUGCCCGAGCCUCUUUCCAGCAGAUACAAACUCUGUGAGUCAGACUUCACCGGCCCCAGCUGGCCCUCAAGCCCCCAGGACACACACCCAGCUUUGCCCCUCCUGGAAAUGCCUGAGGAAAAGGAUCUCCGAUCAUCCAAUGAAGAUAGCCAUAUUGUGAAAAUGGAAACCACCAAGGACAGGAGUAAAAGAAGAGAAAGCGAAGCAACACAACAGGGUUCUCCUGGCCGAAGGGGCAUCAGCCUCUUCCAAGCCCUGGGCUACAUCACGGGUGAGAUGAAGGAGUGCAGGAGCUGGCUGACAGAUAAGCCCCUGGCCUUCCAGUUCACAGACUGGGUCCUGCGGGGGGUGGCCCAGGUUAUGUUUGUCAAUAACCCUCUCAGUGGGUUUGUUGUCUGCAUCGGGCUCCUGAUCCAGAACCCCUGGUGGAUGAUCGCUGGUGGCCUCGGGGUUUUGGUCUCCACCUUAACUGCCCUUGCCUUGAGUCAAGAUAGGGCAGCCAUUGCCUCAGGACUCCACGGCUACAACGGGCUGCUGGUGGGACUGCUGAUAGCUGUGUUCUCCGAGAAGCUGGACUACUACUGGUGGCUUCUACUUCCGGUCACCUUCACUGCCAUGGCUUGCCCAGUCCUUUCUAGUGCACUGAAUUCCAUCUUCAGCAAAUGGGACCUCCCCGUCUUCACGCUGCCCUUCAACAUCGUGGUGACCCUAUACCUGGCAGCUACAGGCCACUACAACCUCUUCUUCCCCACGAAGCUGGUGAAACCCGUGUCUUCAUUGCCCAACAUCACCUGGACAGAAAUUGAGAUGCCCUUGCUGCUACAAGCCAUCCCCGUAGGGGUGGGCCAGGUGUAUGGCUGUGACAACCCCUGGACGGGCGGUGUGUUCCUCGUGGCCCUGUUCAUCUGCUCACCACUCAUCUGCCUGCACGCCGCCAUCGGCUCCAUCGUGGGGAUGCUGGCAGCCCUGACGGUGGCCACGCCCUUUGAGAAGAUCUACCUGGGCCUUUGGAGCUACAACUGCGUCCUCUCCUGCAUAGCGGUUGGCGGCAUGUUCUACGCCCUCACUUGGCAGACCCACCUGCUAGCCCUCGUCUGUGCCCUGUUCUCUGCGUACAUGGGAGCAGCCCUCGCCAACAUCAUGUCUGUGAUUGGUGUGCCGCCCUGCACCUGGCCCUUCUGCCUUUCCACCCUCAUCUUCCUACUGCUGACCACCAGCAAUCCUGCCAUCUACAAGCUCCCGCUCAACAAGGUCACCUACCCGGAGGCCAACCGCGUCUACUACCUGACUCUGAGGAAUGGCGAGGAAGAGAAGGCCCCCAGUGGAGGGGGUGGAGAGCAGCAGGCCGCAGCCAGCCCGAAGGCUGAUGAGGGUUCGGGGGCUGCACGCCCCAAGCCCAGGACCGUGUUCCACAUCGAGUCCAUCCGCAGGAGGAGCAAAGUGUUCGGGAAAGGCGAGCACCUGGAGAAACAGGCCAAAGACUCCUUUCCCUAUCACUACCGCAAGGCCACAGUGGAGCUGCUGGACCUGGAGACCAUGGAGGAGAGUUCGGAGAUAAAGGUGGGCGCCCACCCCGCCCGGACCAGCGGGCUGCAGAGCGCCGCGGCUGCCUGCGGCAAAGGGCUCAGCAGAGUGCUGGGUUACGUCACCGGGGAGAUGAAGGAGUGUGGGGAGGGACUGAAAGACAAAUCCCCAGUGCUCCAGUUCCUGGACUGGGUGCUCCGGGGCACCUCCCAGGUGAUGUUCGUCAACAACCCCCUCAGCGGCACCCUCAUCAUCAUCGGCCUCUUCAUCCAGAAUCCCUGGUGGGCCAUCUCGGGAUGCCUGGGCACCAUCGUGUCCACUCUGACCGCCUUGGUUCUGAGUCAGGACAAGUCGGCCAUCGCGGCCGGACUCCACGGCUACAACGGGGUGCUGGUGGGGCUGCUCAUGGCAGUGUUCUCCGACAAAGGCGACUAUUACUGGUGGCUUCUACUCCCCGUCAUCGUUAUGUCCAUGACUUGCCCCAUCCUCUCCAGUGCCCUGGGUACUGUCUUCAGCAAGUGGGACCUGCCUGUCUUCACGUUGCCCUUCAACAUCGCUGUGACCCUGUACCUGGCAGCCACAGGCCACUAUAACCUCUUCUUCCCCACCAUGCUGCUGCGGCCGGCGGUCUCCGUGCCCAACAUCACCUGGUCGGAGGUGCAGGUGCCCUUGCUCCUGAGAGCCAUCCCCGUCGGCAUCGGCCAGGUAUAUGGCUGUGAUAACCCCUGGACCGGAGGCAUCUUCCUUGUGGCUUUGCUCCUGUCUUCACCUCUCAUUUGCUUGCAUGCGGCCAUUGGGUCCACCAUGGGGAUGCUAGCAGCACUGACCAUUGCCACACCCUUCCACUCCAUCUACUUCGGCCUGUGUGGCUACAACAGCACGCUGGCCUGCAUCGCUGUGGGUGGCAUGUUCUACGUUCUCACCUGGCAGACACACCUCCUGGCCAUCGCCUGUGCUCUGUUUGCAGCGUACCUGGGGGCUGCCCUGGCUAACAUGUUCUCCGUGUUUGGAUUGCCGCCCUGCACCUGGCCCUUCUGCCUCUCGGCACUCACCUUCUUGCUGCUGACCACCAACAACCCUGCCAUCUACAAGCUCCCACUCAGCAAAGUCACCUACCCGGAGGCCAACCGUGUCUACUACCUGUCCCAGGAGAAACACCGAAGAGCAUCGACCGUAACCAAGUACCAGGCUUAUGAUGUCUCCUAA